UUGCAAGCUAUGGACCCUUGUGUUUUAACGAAAGGCGUUAGCCGCUCUUUCGUUUUCCCCCAAAAUGCUGUUAUUAUCCUCGAAACGGAUUCGUUCUGAAGGCCAAAAUGACUGAUAGGGGUUCAAGACGAUCCAGGACCCUAUCGGACUGCCAGAAUGUGGAAAGAGGGACUAAGAAACUGUCGUCGCGGAGCCAAUCUGCUGAUUACUGGGCCGGGGAGCGCGACCAGCCAUCCUCAUUGCCCACCACCGGGGGCCAUGAUGGUGGAGGCGGUACCGGUGGUGGGGCCAUGCAGAUCGACACCCCGGCCGGCUUUCGGCACGUCAGCGGCAUCACCAACGAGAUGGUGUCCACCAUCCAGGCCGCCGAGCGGGAACUCUUCACAGACCUGUCGCGGGCGCAGGCUUUUGAAGACACGGAUGCAACGUUUGCAGUGUUCAAUCGGCCGAAUAAUGGGAAGCUACGGAUAAGCGUUGCCCAGGAAAGGGAAAUCCUGGGAGGAGCGUACCUGUUGCGCACAGUUGAAAUCACUAAGAUUCCCGGUCGAACAUUAGGGUUCUUCAUUCGUGAGGGGGAUGGGUUGGACAGAAGGGAUGGUAUUCAUGUGUCACGUCUAAUGCUAGGCGGAUUAGUGGAAGAAUCUGGACUUAUACAGAUAGGCGAUGAAAUUCUGUAUGUAAAUAAUGUGGAUGUCUCCAGGAAAACCCUUGACGAAGUCUAUAUGAUCUUGCAGAUCCCUAUACGGUUACUUAUAACUCUGAAAUCGCGCCAGAUUGGGAAGGGGGUGUUUCGCUCCAGCUGGGGGUCGUUCACAUCUGACAACAUCAGCCCUGGACGUUUUUCGCCAGCAGCGUUAGGCUUAGGCUCAAAGCAGAGGUCCAUUUCAGUCGGUACAAAUAGCUCCCUGGGCUCGAUGUCGGACCGCAGCCCGGGAUCAUUUACCGACGGCAGCCAGUCGGGCCUGGCCGUCCAGUUUGAGGAUAAGGAGAACAGUCUUCGCUGUAAGGGUUCCAAUCAGCACAGACUGUUGGACUUGAAGGGGCCCCGUGCUGCACACUACCACGAUUUGGACUUGCAUGAGGAAUCGGAACAGCAAGUGCAAUCCGCUCUGGAGCCGGACAUGGCCGGGAGCAGCACGACCAGCAGCAGCAGCAACAGCAGUGCAAUCGGGGGCGGCCGUGCCCCGGCCCCGCCCCUCCAAGUCCCCGUCCGAGACUUCAAGCUGCGGCACCUCAGCGCCAGUGAUGCCCAGCACGAGUCGGAGACCCCCAAGCCCGAGACGUUCCACCGGGCUGCCUCCUUCGACCCCAGCACCCUCCCGGCUGAGGAGGACAGCGACAACAUGGUCUUUGUGGAUGACGAGGACUACGAUGACCUGCGGGAGAUCCCCGACACGGAAGUGGACUCCUUCACCAACGUGCACGGCCUCCGUAGCAGUGUCCCCGUCUAUUCCAGUCGCAAGAAGCAGCGACCGUAUUCGGCCUUCAUAGAGACUGACCACAAGGGAUUUAGUAAGGAGGUGGAUGACAUUAGAAAAGAUGCUCAGAUGAUGGAUAAAAAGCAGUCAUCUGGAAAGCUGAGACGAGCCUCGUCGUCGGAUGAUGUCAUCGCUGCCCUAACUACGACCACAAAGCCUAGAGGAAAUGCUAAUAGACAACAUUCCAGCGCGGGUGAUUCCAGGACAGUGCGACCACGAUCGGCCAUUCUCGAGUUCUUGCCCAAUGCAAUGAGGCGCUCGGGGGAAGGGAAGGCACGUCAACGCAAACCAGGUCAGGUGGAGAAGACUACUAAGUCCAGCCUCAUGGGCAAGAAGGCCGACAAGAACUCAGCAGAGGCGACGGCUGAGGAUGGCUCGCGCUACGUGCCCAAGCCCUCACCGGACAAGAAGACCAGACGGAUAUCUGCCAGCAAGCCGCUGGACAUCGACGCGACGCAGUUCACUAAGUACAAGAGCGACCUGGGCUCGCGCCUGCGCAACCGGCAGAUGCCGCUCUCGGGCAUCCUGACUCUGCACCUGUACGGCAGCCGGAAGAUGGCCCCCUCUCUGUCCUCCCGCAAGGAAAACCGCGACCUGUACUGUGUGAUGGAGGUGGAUGCUGUCCACAAGGCCCAGACCGCAACGGUGUCGGGCAAGGACGAGUUCUGCUGGGACGAGAAGUUUGAGAUUGACCUGGAGCGGGCACACGACCUGAGCCUGCUGAUCUACAGCUACACAGACUGGGACACCAACCGACAGAAGCUGUGCUACAAGGCCGUGGUCCGACUGACCCAGCUCCUGAUGCAUUCCACCCGUCCCAAGGACGAGCCCUUCCGCCUGGCCGUACGGCUGGAGCCCCGGGGCAUCAUGUAUGCAAAGUUCUCCUUCACGGAGCGGCACGUCACGCUGAAGCGUGUGCCCUCGCUGGACCGGCGGGGCCUGUUCGGCGUGCCGCUGGAGGUGGUGGUCCGGCGGGAGAAUACGCACACCAACAUUCCGAUCAUCGUGCAGAAGUGCAUUGAGGAGAUCGAGCUGCGCGGCAUUAACAUGGUGGGGGUGUAUCGGGUGUGCGGCUCAGCCAAGCGGAAGAAGCGACUGCACGAUGAGUUUGAGGCUUCCAGUAGCUUGGUAGACCUAUCCAGAGAGAACUAUCCCGACCUUAAUGUUAUCACAGGCGUCCUGAAGGACUACCUUCGCGAGCUUCCGGAGCCCCUCUUCACCACUAAGAUGUGCCAACGCUUCAUGGACACAUUUGGCAACCAGUCAGCGGACCCCGCCUGCGACGGGGAAAAGCUGGUCCAGAUGAUCGAGUCCCUUCCCCCCGCCAACCGGACGACUGCUUCUUACAUCAUGGACCACCUGAAGCUUAUCAUGGUACACUCGGAGACCAACAAGAUGAACGCCUACAACAUCGCUGUGUGCUUUGGCCCCGUGCUCAUGAGUGCAGCAUCCUCGGGCAGUAACGCCGCCCUCAGCCGGGAGGCAGUGUCUGGCAAGGACGCCGACUAUGAGAAGCACAUCGAUGUGCUGCAGACCAUGUUGGAAGUCUGGCCUGGCAAGAGAGCCGACUUUGACAAGAUCCAGCAGCGCAUCAAGGAGCAGCAGGAGCUCCUGGAAGAGGAGGAGCGCCCCGAGGCCGAGCCGGACCACGACCCCUUCCUUGACAACGACCCACUCCUCGACAACCAAGAGGAGGACAGCUGUUACCACAGCAACGACGACCUGGACGAGACGCUGCGAGCCAAGGACGGCGACGAGGAUGGCGGCAAGCCCUGCCUCCAGCAUCAGCAGCAUCAAGAAGCGCAAGAACAGCAGCAGCAGCCCCAGCCCGACGGAGAAGACGAGUGGGACUCGGACAACUUGCAGGUAUCGCCCUGUUAAAGCACCGUUCGUGCACGGUAAAACUCUAAAGCUCCGAAUCAGAGCCAGUCAUUCUCACGUUUUAUUUAGUUGCUGGUUGGUCAAGUUGAACAGUGAGGUUGCUUCAUAUUGGCCAGUGAUUCAAGACUUUAUACUCCAUCCCGUUCACUUCCACAAUAAAGAACUUUGUCUAAAUUGGGUUUUUUUUCUUAAUGUUUCGAACACAAUUCUUACAGGAAAGUGACUGACACCAAAUUUAACUCGCAUAAUAGUGUACAUGUAAGUGCAGAGCCUUGACAGUGUUUUGAUAGCUGAUUUCUUUGAAAAAGAAAAGGGCUGUAUUUCUCUAAAGUGUACCGAAAAGGUUAUUUCCCAAGCAACUUUGUUAAGUCUAGUCACAGACAUUUCCCUUAAAAGUACUUCUAAGUUCAACUUUCUGUUUUCCCAGCUAUUAACCACUGUAAAAUACUAUAUGUCCCAGGAACUUAGGCAGUAGUAUUUAUUUUUUUUAUGAAGUGUGCUUGAGCUUGAUAUGUUGGUUCCUCAUCACAGAAUGAGUAAACCCAUAGAGUACGGAAGUGCGUACGUCAUAUUAUGCACAAUUCUGUGUGUUAAAGGCAUUAGAGCGAGAACCAGCGCGUGAAUUAACUCGCGCGUACCGUACUCCAUUCGAGAGCCACGAGGGGUUUUCAAAAUUGCAGUUUUGCUGAGCUCCACAAUCAGUCUUGAAUGUUCGCCAUUCGAACCAAAUGACAAGUCUUCACAACCUUGCCCUCAUAUUCGACACAUGGAUGCUUCCGUAGCAGAGGAUGUACAUGUAAUAGUCCUGAGCUUUAAGAGUGAGAAACCCAGAUGACUGAAUUCACAAAACUCAAGCCUGAAGCCUGAAUACAAGACGGAGUGGGAGCUGGUAUUUUGAGGACCCCUCCCCCAUGUCAUUUUCACAUCUGAGGGGUGCAGGUUACAACCCAAGGCACAAGGUGUAAGAAGUCAGUGGACCAGACCUCCUCUAAAGCCAGUUUUGUUAUACCAUGGUGACAUUUUGUUUGCGGAAAUUGCAUCUCUCAAAAUAGCCUAUGAAUAAAUCAAACAAACAUGAGAUUCCUAAGCACGUGGGUUGGUAAACACGUGCUCGAACAUGUGGCUUACAGAUGAGCCUGGAGGGUAAUAUUCAAAGGAUUUGAUGACAAGGCGAUGCGCAUUGCGGUAUGGUACAUGAAUAAUGUACUGUGCAGUGCAUAUCCACAGGUCCUACGUGGGAUUUUUAGUUUGGAUCAGAAGUUUGCAUACACUUGGACUGGAAACAUUUCAGCACAACGAGCCUCUUAGGAAUUCCAACAUUGCACGCCAAGUUUUAAGACUGUGUCAAUUCUGAGCAACACUUCUGAUAUUAUUUUUUUUUAAGCAUAUAAGCCAGCAUAUCCAGUUUGAAUGUGUACAUCUAUACAUCUAUAAAACGUACAGGAGGUGUUCAGAGGAUUUUUUUGGGGGGGGUUGGAGGCCAAAUGUAGAUAUUUUUUUAUGUUAUCGUUUUAUAUGGCAUUUC